AGUGGAGGAGCGUAUUUACUGUGGAACGGGAAGCGAUCCAAAAACGCACGUUUCGACCUCCCAUAAAAAAUCCGAGAGCUCUCGGUGCGAACGUCGCGGUCCGCUGUCAACGGCUAUGUUGAAAGCGGCUUUAGCGCAAAUCGCAGAUAACGUCCACAUCGAACGUAAUUGAAGUCAACAAAGCCACUCUCUCCCUCUCUUCCUUUUUCUUUUUUUUCUGUAAUCCACCCGCGCGCAGAGUCUCGUUGCGGAAGCGACUCUUCCUGACCCAACCGCCGCGCCGCGUAUCGAAAUUCUACACUCUCUGCAUCCACACAAACACACACACACACACACGCUCGAAAAAGAAACGAAAGAAACAGGACAGUUGAGCUUGCCUUUCAACGUGUCCAUAUCUGUUUUCUUUGUCUUUCGUGGGUACGAACUAUAUGUUCCUGGUUCCCUCCAGAAAACGAGCGGAACUUGGUCCGGCUGCUUUACCAGACGAUCACAGACGCUAAGCACUACUGCUUCUAUUUCUUUGUUUCAUUCUUCUAUUUGCAAUUUUUUUUGUUUGUUUGCUGUAUUCACACAUCUAAGAAAAAGAGGGGCUGCGUACACGCUGCCACCCACGCCGACUCACGGAAUUCCAUGCAGAGCACUACAAGAUAGUGGUGUAGUGCUGUUUUACGUUUCUCGUAUUAUCCUCCUGUGCGACUCCGUAGCCUUCGUUCCUCCUCCUCCUCGCUGUUGCGUCCUUUGGCCACCGCCAUUCACAUACGCGCUUACGUUAACUCUCCCGGUCUUUUUUUUUUCUCGGUGCCCGAUCAUUUAACAUUCGUCUUUCUUCCUUUUUUAAAAGUCCUCUCCAUUUUUGUUGCUGUUGUUGUUGAGGAGGAGGCGCGUAGCCGUCAUCAACAAUGUCGUGGCCGAAGGACCCUUUCGUCACCGAUGGUGCGUACAAAACACCCCUGCCUUCGCAGCCCUGCGAACGGCAGGUCUGGCGUGUCGUCGCACGUCUGUAUGCGUACAACACCUUGGCGGCGCUCAUGAAGGUGAAUGAGGGUGUCACAGCAGCCAGCGCCGCCCCACCGCCGUCUCCUAGCGGUCGAUUCUCUGCCGUACCGGCUGCUCUUCCCGCGAGCAGAGACAUCACCUCUCCGACAGGGAGCGCAGGGUCGACCACCGCGCGAGCGAAGGUGGUGGAGCGGCGCAGUGCGUUUCUGGUGGCCGCCGACUCCUCUUCUGGCGUCUCGCACCGCACGUGCUCUCCCUCGUCAACGCAGCCGGUGCGGCGAGCCCACACGGACCCCUUAGUAAAUGCAGCUCCUACAACAGCGGCUGCAGGAGUAUCCGGCGGCGGGUCGACGACGCCGCCGCUCGUGACAGAGGUGCCGGCCACCGCCUCGCUGUCGCUGCCGAGCUCGACCUAUUCUGUAAGAGGCUCCUCGAGGGGCUGGAACAACACCAGCGGCAGUGGUGGUUCAAUGGGCAGGGCGACGGGCUGCAUGCGCGCAGCUAGUCUGCGUGCGCUGGAGCCUCUGCAGAGUCUCUUACGUGAAUUCGCGGAGAAGCAGUGGACAAUGAGCGCCGGCGUGGUGGAUGUGGCGGUGCAGCACCCCCUGCCCUGUCUCCGCGUGGAACUAGUGCGUCUGCUCCUCACCUACCCUUUCUGGGACUGGUCCAUGUGUGCGCCGGUUGCGGUUGCCGCGGGCAUAGGGGAUAUAGACGUCCUACACCUCCUCGUGGAGGUCAAAGAGCUUGACGCCAACACGGGGUUCCCGCUUACGGUGGCCGUGCGUCGAGGGCAGGAGGAGGCCGUAGUACCGUUUCUUCUGUCGCAUCACCGCAUCCGGCCCAACUACGGCGGUGGCUUCUUCACGGCCGUCGUGCUGGGCAACGUGCGGGCGAUGUACCUGUUGGGCGACGCCGCCGGGGUCAACGUGAACCGGUUUGCAAACAACGAAGGCACGUCUGCUCUCCUCUACGCCCUGCGGCAAUACCUGGCUUGUCGACGGCGGGCGUUGCAGCAGCAGCAGGUCCAGCUCGAUACGCCACCACCGCCGCCACUACAACCAUCGUCGCACGCGACGAAGCCGCACCAGGCGGUCACCUCGCCUACAGAGAUUUCCUCCGAUGCGCUGAAUAAGGAGGAGGAAGAGGAGAUCAGCACGACGCCGCUGCUCGUCGUACACUCAGGGGGCGACAGUGGUGGGGCGGAGUGCGCGACGGGGCGAUCUGUGUCGUCGUCGCCUCCCAGCAUGCCACAGGGAGCGCAACGGGAUAAUCCGUUGUUUGGGAGCCGCUCCCCUGAAGUUGAAAUAGAGGCGCCGGAGGGAGAAGAGAUGGGAUUGGAGCGGGAACGGCAGGAGCAGCGGAGGGGGAGAAGCCGGUGUGUCCUUCCUCGUGCUGCAGCCGCCGCUGCUGCCGCGAGUGGGGUUGCGGGAGGCGCGACAGUGGCGACGCCGCAUGGCCGCGACCUCACGGCGGAUGACACGCUCACCGGUUCCCUCCGUAAGGACUCACAAGGGUGUCCGCUGCAGACGGCUCGGCACUGGCGGGAGGUGCUCCUUUACCUACUCGACCACCCCGCCGUCGAGGUCAAUGCGGGCUUCUAUAUGACGCCGCUGCAAGUCUGCGUCCUCGCUGGGGAUGCGGAAGUGGUGAGUUGGCUGCUGCAGCACCCCCACCUACGCCCGAGUCGACUCUCGAAAGCCAUGACCGCCUUUCGCAACUCCUACUACUUGCUGCGGCAUCACGGGCUGUCGCUGCCGGCGAUGCAGUGCGUGGUGGCGGCGCCGAUCGAGAUGUCCUCGCAGCUGGGCCACCUCGACAUUUUCCGCCUCCUCGCACGCGAUCAGCGCAUCCACGUGCCGGUGGGGCUGACGAUGGACCUGGAGCGCAGCGCAGCCGACGGGGAGGUGAUUCCGUUUCUCACCGUUUUGGCGCAGUAUCGCGAGGAGUGGGAAGGGUGGGGCUGGCGCUGGCGUCGUCGCUGCUUGCUCAUCGCCACCGCCUCCACCACGGUCUUCGCCCUCUGCUUUUGGAUUAUGCUGCUGCUCUGGCGCCGUACCCUGCAGGGCUGCCUGCUCGUGCUAACGGGUACCUACGUGCUCAGCGCCGUUGUCUCGGUGCUGCUGUAUGUGUGGGAGGUCUACGGCCAGCGCUGCGCCGCCGCGGCGUCUCUCACGCAUGGCGCCACCGCGCUUCUCGCGCUUGUCCGCCACCUCUGUCCCGCCUCGUCCUCGCUGCGGCAGCACACCGCCGUGGCGACGCUUCUUGCCUGUCCCGGUGCGCUGCCCUUACUCGACGUGUUGUGUGCAUGGUGCCUUUAUUCGGUGCAUCGCAGCCGGCGGCGCCUUCAGCCAGCCAGCGGCAGUUCAGCGAACGACGCUGCUGCCGCUGCUGCCACUGCCUCCUCGCACUCCGUUACCCCAACCGCCGUGGGUCUAACACACGGAGGUCCAUCGCACCCCCAUCCCCAUCAUCCCCAUCAUUAUCAUGAACAUGAUCAUCACGCACGUCCUCCUGCACGUACGCAACGGGCUGCGGAGCCGCUUUCGGAGAUGGAGCGUCUCUCCUCGACGGGUUCGUGGGGAUGGAGUGUGGGCGUCCCACACGCCUCAGAGUUCUCGAGCAGCGGCAGCUUCUCAGAUGCUUCACCCGGUGCCAGCAUGUACGGCCCGACUGCCGGCGCUGGCAACGAGAGCUUCUCCCGCCCACGACCCGCUGUGGCCCGCACGCGCCGACAGACGGCGUUCGUUGGUGAUGGGGAAGGCAACAGUCGCAGCACCGUAAACAACAACUGUAAUGCGGCCACAGGAGCAGGCGCGCGCGCGCAGGCCACCGAUUGGCGCAGCACCUCCAUGACAUCCCCGCCCAGCGGUGGUGGUCGGCAUCGUCUCUCUUUUGCAGCAGCCUCGUCGACCGGCGGCGCUGCGAGCAGCGGCAUGGCCUCGCCGUCCUUGUGCACCAGUCGAAGCCGUGGGUCGUGGGUGGUGCCGGGCCGGCCGUCGCGCUACGUCCUCACCACCGAGUACCACGCCCCCGAUCUGCUGCUGCGUGCACUGGCGUACUCCGCGUUCGACAGAGUUGCGACACUGCCGCGGCUCUUGACGUGCGUGGUGGGCAUCUUCAUGUUCAUGUACAUGGUGUUCCCCUCAGCGGCCCCGCCGUCCUCCGCCUCGUCCUCCUCGUCGCACACCGCGUCGACUGUACAUGCGGUGGCGGGUGCCAUACGCAGUCACUCAUCCUUCACGCUCUACUACGGCGCGACACCGCCUCCUAUUACGCUGCAGCAGCCCUCCGCUUACAACCUAUCAGCUGCUGCUUCGGAGGUGGUGAUGGCUGCAUCCUCACCAGAUCUGCCGGCGUACACCUUCGGCGUCGGCCUCAUCGGUUUGUGCGGACUUGUGUCGUCCGUGAUUGGCGGCGGGGCGCUGCUGGGGAUGAUGGGCUCGCUGCGUACGGUGACGGUGCAGGCCUUCUUCGUGAACCCGAGCGACAAGGCAGACAUCAAGGGCGGGAACAGUCGGGUGGAGGGUCGUGCAGGUGGGCACACGGAUUGGCAGGCGAUGCGCCACCGUGCGCGGGAAGCGCAGCCGGAGUACGCGCUGUAA